AUGCAGAAGGUGCUGGAGCGGGACUGGCGCACCACCUUCCUGCCCCAGUUCCAGGCGUGCGUUCGCGCCGGCUCCUACAGCUUCAUGUGCAGCUACAACAGGAUCAACGGCGUUCCCGCCUGCGCCAACAAGAAGCUGCUGACAGAUAUCCUGCGUGGCGAGUGGGGGUUCGAGGGCUACGUGGUGAGUGACGAGGGGGCCCUGGAGCUCAUCAUGCUGGGGCACCACUACACACGCACCUUCCUGGAGACGGCAGUCGCCUCAAUGAACGCCGGCUGCAACCUGGAGCUCUCCUACGGCAUGAGGAACAAUGUCUUCAUGCACAUCCCCCAAGCUCUGGCCAUGGGCAACAUCACGCUGCAGAUGCUGCGUGACCGGGUCCGGCCCCUCUUCUACACGCGGAUGCGGCUGGGAGAGUUCGAUCCCCCGGCCAUGAACCCCUACAGCACCCUGGACCUGAGCGCCGUGCAGAGCCCCGAGCACCGCAACCUCUCGCUGGAAGCUGCUGUCAAGAGCUUCGUGCUGCUGAAGAACGUGCGGGGGACGCUGCCCCUCCGGGCCCGGGACCUGGCCGCCGGCCUCGCCAUCGCCAGGGUCCUGCUGGGCGAGGCAGGGGCCAACCCGGCAGGCAGGCUGCCAGCCACAUGGCCCGCGGGCAUGCACCAGGUGCCACCGAUGGAGAACUACACCAUGGAGGGGCGGACGUACCGGUACUACGGGCAGGAGGCCCCGCUCUAUCCCUUCGGGUACGGGUUAUCCUACACCACCUUCCAGUACCGGGACCUAGUGCUGAGCCCCCCAGCGCUGCCUGUCUGUGCCAACCUCUCUGUGUCCGUGGUGCUGGAGAACACAGGGCAGCGGGACGGCGAGGAGGUGGUGCAGCUGUACCUGCGGUGGGAGCAGUCGUCCGUGCCAGUGCCCCGCUGGCAGCUGGUGGCUUUCCGCCGCGUGGCCGUGCUGGCCGGCCGGGAGACCAAGCUGUCCUUCCAGGUGGUGGCCGAGCAGCGUGCCAUCUGGGCACAGGACUGGCACCUCGAGCCCGGCACCUUCACCCUCUUUGUUGGUGGGCAGCAACCGGGCCAGCAGAUGCGGGUGCCCUCGGAGGUGCUGAGUGCGCGGUUCACCGUCACCGGUGCAGCCCGGCCCCUGCGCGGGUGCUAGAGGUGGAGGCGGCCGCAGGGCCGGGCAGCCCAGGGUGCUGGUGGAGGGAAGGGGUGCGUGGCAUCCCGUGUGCCGCGGGGAGCGCGGUUGUUUGCCUUGCAAUAAAGUGCCGGGUGCUGCUCC